AUGGGAGGUCGACGUAUAAUUCUCAGUCGAACAGAAUAUGUUGAAAAACUUUUGUCGCCAUCAAUAAAGAACCAAUAUAUGGUGAGAUUUCCUUACACCCAAGGAUUGGAUGAAUUAGGAAUUAUGGGAAGAGGUUUACUGGCCAAUCAUAAUUUAAGAUCAUGGAGUUACAACCGUCACUUCUUUACUCAAGCUAUUUUGGCUCCGAAAUUUACUAAAAAAGCUAUUGAUUGGACGAAUGAACUUUUCAAUGAAUUGGAAAUCUAUUGGAACAAGUUAUACCUAAAAGACGUUCAAAAUAAAUUGAAUUGUUCCGCAUGGUUACAUCGAUAUGCAAAUGAUAUGAUCAUCGCGUUGACAACUGGUGAAAGAUCUUAUACGAUGGCAUCAUAUUUUAAUAUUCAAAGUGAUGAAAAAUCCGAACAUCCGCAAGCGUUGGUCGAUGACUCGGAGAAUUUCGUUCAAGCUUUUCGUAAACAAAUUUUAGGAGGUCCUUUAUUCAUAUUUAUUCCUCCUUUCUUCAGGCAUUACGUUCCAUUUUUUAAGAGUAGGUCGGACGCUUUACUUAGAAACAUUGAAUUUAUCUAUCAAAGAUUAGAGUCGAUCAUUAAAAGACGCAGACAAGAAAUUGAAAUCUCAUCACUGGAUAAACCUUUAUCACAAGAUAUGCUGACCUCGUUGAUCACUGCGAAUACGUCUCGUGACAUUAAUCAUGUUGAAACUGUCGAGGGUGAAGUCAUGAACUUGCCUAUGACUGACCUUGAAAUUCGUAGUAUUUUGUUUGAAACAUUUCUUGGUGGAACCGAAAAGAUAUCGAAUUUGCUUACAUUCAUCAUCUAUUAUAUCGCACGUAAUCCGGACGUGAAAAAGAAGAUGUUGGAAGAAAUUGACAAUUAUGAUAUCGAUUUGGUUGAUAAGGAUUCUCCUUUAAAAACCGUGUCCUCCGCUUUAAUAACUUGUCCCGAAUUGUUAGUUAAACCUACACCUAUAAAUGAAACGAUAUCGCUAUCAAAUUCUCCUUCAAUAACUACUGAUUCUGCAACAACUGCAAAUACUUCAAUAAAUAAAUCAAGUAAAGUUAUAAUAGGUACUAUAAGUGGAAUUGUCGGUGUCACAAUUCUUUUAGUAAUUGGAAUUAUAAGGUAUAAAUGGUAUCAAAAAAGAAAACAUGGUGAUAAAAUUAUGAGGAUUUCAGGCAAUUUUUAA